GCCCCCCCACCUGCACCCUCGAUCUCAAUGAGUCCAUCACACUCUGUGUAUAUUAGGGGGGAGAGAGUCACUUUGACAUGCUCCCCUCCUGAUGAGUAUAAGGAAGGUCAAAUACAGUAUUACCACCAGGGCAAAGAAAUCCACUCAGAAACACAUAUUAUAAAUUCGGAAGCCCUGGAAUCUGCUGGAGAAUAUUCCUGUGGGUACUGGAUUGAAAUAAAUGGUAGACGGAUUAAUUCAUUGGUCAGCAAUAAUAGAGCAAUCAGAGUAAGGGACAUCCCACCUGCACCCUCCAUCUCACAGAGCCCAUUCCACUCUGUCUACAUCAGGGGGGAAGCUGUCACUUUGACAUGUUUUGUUCCUAAUGAAUAUUCAGCAUAUCAGAUCCAGUAUUAUAAACAUGGAAGAGAAAUCUACACAAGGGAGACAAAUGAGAGAAAUGUGAAGUAUGCCAUAUCUACAGAUGUCGAAGAGGCUGCAGGAAACUAUUCCUGUACUUACUGGACAAAAAUAUCUGACAGAAAUGUGAAUUCUUUGCUGAGUAAUAUUUUAGCAAUUAGAAUAACAGCCCAACCUCCUGCACCCUCCAUCUCACUGAACCCCUCACACUCUGUCUAUAUUAGGGGGGAGCAUGUCACGUUGUCAUGUUCUCCUCCUGAUCCAUAUAAAGCGUCAGGAAUCCAAUAUUCCCACCAGGGCAAAGAAAUCCACUCAACCACAUAUAUUAUAUAUACAGAAGCUCAGCAAUCUGCUGGAAACUAUUCCUGUGGUUACUGGAUUGAAACCCACAAUAGAAAGAUAAAUUCAAUGAGCAGUGUUUAUGUGACAAUCCAAAUAACAGACAUCCCACCUGCACCCUCCAUCUCACUGAACCCAUUCCACUCCAUCUACAUCAGGGGGGAACCUGUCACUUUGACAUGUUCUGUUCCUGAUAGAUAUUUAGCAAAUCAGAUUGAGUAUUAUCAGCAUGGACGGGAAAUCCACACAAGACUGACAGAUGAGAGAACUGUGAUUUAUGUGAUAUCCACUAAUAAUGCUGAGGUUGUAGGAAACUAUUCCUGUAGUUAUUGGACCACCAUAUUUAACAGAAACAUUCAUUCUUCAGUUGCUAAUUCUGUAGCUAUCAGAAUAACAGACAUUCCAAGUCCACCUUCCAUCGUCACGAGGCCUUCACAUCCAGUAUACCUGAAGGGAGAAUCUAUAAAUAUGACCUGCUCAACUCAUACAACUCAUAGUCAAUCAGCAGCUUCAAAAGUGCAAUUUUAUAAAGAUGAAAAUCAAAUUCAAGUUGAGGAAGCACAUGAUGGAGAGGCUACAUAUCUACUAUUUAUAUCUGGUUUGGAGGAUACUGGACACUUUCUGUGCAAAUACAUAACCAUAGUUUCUGGGAGAGAGAUACUUUCAGAGCCCAGUCAAAGUAUCCAGGUUACAGUAGUGGACGUUCCAAAUCCACCUUCAAUAGACCUGAUCCCCGCACACCCUGUAUACCUUAAAGGAGAGUCUGUAAAUAUGACAUGCUCAGUUCCUGGAUAUGUUACCAUUAAAAACAUACUAUAUUACAAGGAUGGAGAAGUAAUCCAGACCAAGGAUGCACACGAGAGAAAAGCAACAUUUUUAAUACCUGAUAUGGAUAUUGCUGGAGAUUAUGUAUGCAGAUAUGUAACAAUACAUUCUGGGAGAGAGAUACAGUCUCAGCCUCGUUCUGCUCCUAUCAGAGUUGUUGAUCACCCACGACCACCCUCUCUAAUGCUUCUUCCAGAGCACAAAAUAUAUAUAACAGAAGAACCCCUCACCAUUAUUUGCUAUGGUUGUACAGACAGCGAUGGAUAUAAAAUAUAUAAAUCUGGUCACAUACUACAGAACUCUAACAGCAAAAGCAACAUAUUCCGGUAUUCACUAAAACUACAAACCAGCUCCAAUGGGUCUUAUACCUGCACAUGUAUAGAAGUUCUUCCAGGAGGGCGUCAGAUGGAGACCAAAAGCAGUUACCCUGAAAAUGUCUUUGUGUCAAAUCCCCCUCCUGCUCCAUAUCUCACCUUGGCACAGCCAGUACAGAAAACUGAAAAUGGCUUUCAGGUGACCUUAAACUGUUCUGCAGAAAACCUGGGCCUUGCAAGAAAUUUCAGCUUCUGGAGGAUGGAGGGACAGUAUAACCCAACACAAUCUAGAAAGGUUACAAGUGUGUCAGGCUUUCUGCAGUGGGAAGUGGAGGCUAUUGAAAAUGUUGCAUUUUCCUGUUCAUAUGAAGACAUCAUAUAUGGAAGAACAAUAGAGUCUAAGAGCAGUGAGGUCCUUAACAUCACUCUUAUGGCCUCAUUGUUCUCACCCACUGUGAUUGCUGCUAUUACUGGAGGGCUGUCAGUUCUUUUAUGCUUGAUCGUGGUCUUUUUAUUCUAUAUGAAAUAUAAAAGACAAAAUAAACUCAACAAUUGGCGUUUCAGCUGGUAUUGGAAUGACAAACGAAGGAAUCCUUUUCCAUGCCCAGUUUCUUCAGAUGGAAGCACUGAAAAAAAAUCCAAGACUGUUAAGCUAUCAGAUUCACUAAAUAAGAAGCCGUUGUCGAUUGCAACUGUCAAGGAUGAAGAUGACGUAGGAACCGCUUUCAAGCUGUCAACAUUCAAAACUCUUUCAAGAAAAUCGAAAGACCUCUCCUUACAGGAGCCUCACUAUGGAUCAACAUUUAUCUAAAUAUCACCUGCAGGCAACAGGAUGCGUUUUAUUAUUUUACCUCAUUGAAUGGUAGAUACUGAUUAUACAAACAGAAAAUACAUUGGUUUAGUCAUCACCCGCACCCCACCCAAAAAGGGGGGGGGGGGGUUGAGGCUAAACAUAAGUGAUAAAAUGAUAUUGCAGGGUUUAGAGCUGAGUAAAUUUUGGAAAAAUCUGUGUUCCAAAGUAAGGAACAGAAAAUGUGCAUAUUCUUAAUUCUGUUAUGACAAACUGAACUGAAUCUGACCCAUAAUCCAGAGAUAAAAAAUGAUAUCCAGGAUGGGUUUUCAAAGUAUAAAUGGAAAGACUGUUGCAUCUAAAUACGUCACAAGCCGUUCAGUAAGUGCAGUCUAGCACCUUUUUUUCAUAAGAACUGAGAAACCCUCUGUAUAAUUAAUUGCUCCUUAUUUCAAAGCCUAACAAAGACUACAGCUGGGGGAGGAUGUUUUUUUUAUUGGUCCUUGAAUGAAUAAUUGCCCACAGGUGAUUUUAAAAGUACAGCAGAUAAAUGCAUCAGACUGAGGUGAGAUUUGCCAAUGCUCUGCACAAAGCUGAGCCUACAGAACAAAUCGUUUUGUUUCUUGCUUCUUUUAUUGCUAUUUCCCCUUGCCGUGAUGACCACCAGCCUACUGUUGUUUCCAUGAGAGAAACGGUUAUUCACAGUCUCACAAUUUUUUAACCACAGACUAUAUUCCGCUGCAUAACCAGCUGACAGUGAUGUAUUGUUCAAAAAUAAUCUUUACCUUAACAUCCCACUUAGAUGCACACCUCAACAGACCCUUGUAAUAAAAAUAAAAAACCCUUUAGACAUG